GGUGGAAAAAAUUUUAGAAUUAUUUCCGUCAAGGAUUAAAGAUGUAAAUGCUGAGGAAAAGAGUAUAGUUCUUCUAGCAGUGGAAUAUAGGCAGACGGAAGUAUUCAGGUUUUGUGCAAACAAAAGGGCUAACUGAAAGUCUGUUUCGGCAAGUAGAUAAACAAGGAAAUAAUGCCCUGCACUUGGCAGCAAAGCUUGGAGUUGAGCUCGAUUGGCUCAAUCCUGGGGAAGCACUCACCAUAUUAAGGGAAAUCAAUUGGUUCGAGUUUGUGAAGAAUUCAAUGCCCCAUGGUCUCUUGGAGAGAUACAAUAGGAAAAUGGAGACCCCAGAUGACAUCUUCAGAGAGAGUCACAAGGAACUUAUGAAAAGCGAAGGAAAGUGGGCAUCUAAAACCUCACAAGCAUGUUCUGUGGUGUCAACCCUAGUUGCAUCAGUGGCUUUCGCCACACGUACCAGUUUGCCUGGCAGUUAUGAUGCUUAUAAGGGCUAUGCAAUCCUUAGAAACAAGGCCGUAUUCAAAAUUUUUGCAGUAUCUUCAUUAUUAGCCUUCUUGUUCUCCCUCAUUUCCACCAUCUGCUUCCUUUCUGUUGCUGCUUCUCGUUCCCAAUCCGUUCGCUCUUGGAGAUACGUUCCUUGCAAACUUUACUUUGGUAUGUACUUCAUGUUCGUCUCCAUUGUUUGUCUUUGGGUCUCUUUCUGUGCUGCUGAUUUCUUCGCUCUCAAUGAUGACGGUCGAAAAUUGGACAAUGCACUUCCCUCUUAUAUAUUUUUGUCACUGGGGAUCAUCCUUUUGGUUGUCACACAGCUCCCCACAUUCCUUGGUCCCACAUUGUCUAGUAUUUGGCCUAUUCCUGCCCCUAGACGAAAGGCCACUCGUCCCAUGGAGUACCAAAGGACGAAUUUGAACCACUAAAGUUAGGUGCUAGUCUUGGGUUGUUCAAAGAACACCA